ACUGAAAAGUGUAGGAGUCGAGAAACUUCACCCAUGUAAAUAACGUCAACAAGAAAGCUGUGUGACAAGCUGUAGGUAGCAACAUACAGUACAUAGCUAUACAUUUAUUUAUAUAACUUUAAGUAUGCCUCGGAAAAAGCCAUUUAGCAACAAACAGAAGAAGAAACAGCUACAAGUCAAACGGGAGAGAAAGAGAGGUGACGCAGGUUCUGGGCCGAGCAGCCGUAAUGCCAGUGUGGAGCGAGGAGGAGAGCGACAGUCAGACACCUCAGACAGUGAGACCACUGAUAUUAGGAGAAUAAAUCAACAGCCCUUCAACAGAGAAGGUAGAUAUGACCCCAACAGGUUCCGAUUGCACUUUGAGAAAGAGAGUAAAGAGGAUGUGGAAAAGAGGAAGAAGAUGGCCAGAGAGAAGGUGCUGCAGCCUAUCUCAGACAAAGAACUUGAGAUCAGCAUCAAUGAUAUCUACCCCUCAGAUAAAGGUCUUGGUUUCCCACGACGGCCAUCCUGGAAUUAUGAGAUGACACGAGAGAACCUGUUGAGGAAAGAGGAGAAGUCCUACAGAGACUACCUGGAUGACCUGCACUCCAGAAACCCACCUGGUUCUCUCAGCCACUUUGAACACAAUCUAGAGACAUGGAGGCAGCUAUGGAGAGUGUUGGAGAUGUCAGAUGUCAUCCUGCUCAUUGUGGACAUCAGGCACCCGGUGCUGCAGUUCCCUCCAGCCCUGUACCACUACAUUACAGGAGAUCUCCAGAAGCAGGUGGUCCUGGUGUUGAACAAAGCCGAUCUGUGUCCUCCCCCACUGGUGAUCGCCUGGAAACACUACAUGACCUCCCAGUUCCCCCACCUGCAAAUAGUCUGUUUCACCUCCCACCCUGGACAGCCCUACAGCACAGUGCUCCAGAAGAAGAGGAUGAGGAGGAAGACUGGCUGGAGUCACGCUGGAGGUCCUAUAGAUAUCCUGAAGGCCUGUCAGGAGAUCACAGCAGGGAGAGUUGACCUGUCCAGCUGGGAGCAGAAGAUUCAGAGAGAUGCUGUUGCUGAGCCAUUCGACUGUGAGCGGCAAGAUGAAGGAGCGGAGUCAGUGCUGAUGGAACAUCAAAGUGACAGUGCGAUGGAGAUGAGCAGCCCAUCCCAAGAGCUCUACAAAGAUGGGGUCCUCACACUGGGCUGUAUAGGUUUUCCAAAUGUUGGAAAGUCAUCUGUUAUAAACAGCCUGGUGGGGAGGAAGGUGGUGAGUGUAUCUCGUACCCCAGGCCACACCAAAUACUUCCAGACCUACUACCUCACCCAGACAGUGAAACUCUGUGACUGCCCUGGACUGGUUUUCCCUUCCCGAGUUGAUAAGCAGUUACAGAUUCUCGCAGGCAUCUACCCAGUGUCUCAACUGCAGGAGCCCUACAGCUCAGUUGGUUAUCUGUGUGAAAGGACCCCUUUCCUCUCUGUGCUGAAGCUCAAGCAUCCCACUUUGCUGGAGAAUGACCCGCACCAAGGAAACCAAGGUUCUGAAGAGCUCAGCUGGACUGCCUGGGAUGUGUGUGAGGCAUGGGCAGAGAGGAGAGGCUACAAGACAGCAAAAGCAGCUCGCAACGAUGUUUACCGUGCAGCUAACAGUCUCCUACGGUUGGCAAUUGAUGGAAGAUUGUGCCUCUGCCUGAGACCACCCAGCUACAGCUGCCUGAGAGAGCGCUGGGAAAAUCACCCAGACUUGCCGGAGAUUAUGGCUCUUCAAGGAAGGAUGACAGAGGAGGAAGGACCAGGAGAGAGGGACGAUGACGAGGACGGAGAGUCCAGCACUGAGCCGGAGGAAGAGAGAGACCGUGACGCAGACGAUGAUGAGGAUGGAGAUGAUGAAGAUGAGGGUUUUGGACGUCCGAGGCAGAAGGACGAUAAGCCGCCUGGCUUCACUGUCAACAUGUACAAUGUCCUUCGGGAAAAUGAGUGUGAGUGAUAACUGAGGGAAAGAUGAGCAGGAAGUUCCUCUUCCCUUCCUUUUCCCUGUUAACCCCAGCACACUUUUCAUUCCUUUUUUUCCUAAAUCUGCAUUCCUUCUCAUUUGUUCUUGCACCCCACUCCUCAUGUCAUUAAAUGAUCUCCUCUAAUUCAUUGACCCUGUUUCCUUCUCCCUGUAGUAUACAGUACAGAGCAUAUUCAUGUAUUCCAUGCUGUGCCUCUGCUCUGCUUGUUCAUCCAUCAAAGUUACUCUUUAGUGUUGCUUCCAGAAAUGGGUUUGGUUUGGUUUGAUUUAAUCUUUCUUUUUCCUUCUUUUUUUUUUGCAUGUAGUUCUCAGACACAAAUGAACAAAGUAACUCCCCUCAGCCUGGAAUAAUCAGCAAUCGGUUUUCAAUCUCUUUAUUGAUAUGUGACUUCACAGCUGAGAUGCCAAAGUUCAGGAGAGGAUGAUAAAUCAAAUCAGAAGCACUGUCGAUAUGAUGUCAUGCACUGGAGCAGCCAUUUGGCUCUCAGAGCAGCUGGAGAUUUAGGAACUCGACUCUAAAUCUUCUUUACAGACCAUCGUUUGUCACAACUUUGGUGAAAGGGUGUGGGAUGGGAUAUGGGAAAUUAGACCAUAAAAGUGGAAUGGAUAAAAUCAGUAUUACGGCUCUGUUAGAGGUUCAUUUAUCUGAACUGGGCUUUCAGGAAGAGUCAGCAGGAAUUAAAAAAAAAAGUGGGAUGGGGGGAGGGAAGGGUAGUUGAAUCCUAUAUUGCUGGACGAGGCUGUUUCAGGAAAUUAACCUGUAGUGUUUUAACUACUACAAAAAUGAUCCUUCGAUGCUGAUGGAGAUUUACAGUGUUUAGUGCAGGAUUUUGGCUACACUCAUUCAGCAAGCUUAUAUGGCAGUACAGUGGGUUUAAUUCAACAGAGACUGCUUAAGAGUCUGUUACAGUCAUAGUUCCACAUUUUGGAAAGUUGGGAAGUUGUUCACUUUUUCCCAGAGAGUUAGGUGAGAGGAUGGUUAUGCCACUCUUCUCUGUGGUAAACAUGAAGUCGGAGAGUAGCAUAGCUUAGCAUAAAGACUGGAAACAGGAAGAAACAGCUGUCUUACAUGUGUGCAAAGGCAACGAAAUCAUAAAGAACACCAAUUACAACAGUGUGUCUUGUUUAUCUAAGCUGUACAAAAACCAAAAAGUAGAACUGACACAUUUUGACUGACUAUUUCUUUGACGGAUGCAGUAACUACAUAGACUCUCUUGGCACUUCUGUUUUUGUACGGAUUAAACAAACCAGAUAUAAUGAGUUAAUUAGUGAGUUUUAAAAGUGCUGUUAGGCAGAUUUUAUUACUUUCGAACCAAACCACGCUAGCUGUUUCCUGUUUCCAGUUUUGUGCUAAGCUACGCUAAGUGACUUCUCGCUGUAGCUUCAUAUUUACCAUACAUGAGAGUGGUAUUGAUCUCUGAAUAAGUAUAUUUACCAAAUGUCUAACUAUUCCUUUAACCACACAGAAAGAGAGACUGGCCGUCUUGGCUUCCAUCUGUCCAUCAUUAUAAAUAACAUUACACACUCCAUCUGUGCUCUGUUGUUAAUUUUAUGAAUAAUGACUUCAGCACUGCUCCAUUUCAAGGUCAGAUGUUGUAAUGCUGUUCCGACACCUGCUGCAGAUGAUCCUCAGUGUUCAUCGCUGCUAUAUUUUCUGUUAAAAUGAGAAAACUGACAUUCUUGCUCUUUGACCAGUCUUUCUUUCUCUGUGAUGUGUGAUGGCCCCGAACCAAUCCUGAGUGCUGCAUUAUUGCGUGCUGCUGUUUCACCUCAUUGAGGGAACUCUACAGCACAGUGCUGUGUUACCGUGUAAUACAUCACACUGCAGUCACAUGCAGUCAUUUCUACCAUUGGUACAGUGUAAUUAGUUACUCAACACUACCAUGCUGUUAGAUACGCAACAGACUUUUAGUUGUGUUGAUGUGAAUUUUUGUUUUCUUGGAAAUAUUAGAGACGGACAGCGUCUGGAGAGUGUAGUGUGAAGGCUUGAGGUGUGUUCAGGUUAUUUGCUGCAUUCCUCAUUUCAUUCCUGGUAUGCCUAAUGAUGACUGGACUGCUUUCUGCAAUAAAAGAAAAUUAUCCUCUAA